UUAUUACAGUACUGCAGACCUGCAUCACAUGAUCCUGUCAUCAUUAAAAAUGGUGGACACAAAAAUGACGGUCGGGAUGAUUUUGUCGUUGUUCGUCGUAUUUCUGGCUUCCAGAGCCGCGGCUGAGCAAGUCCCAACGAUCAUGUGGUCGAGUCAGAGCUACCUCCACGACCUCCCGCCGGCCCGUGCCGGACACAGCCUGUCUCCCAUCGAUCUGCAGCACGACUACCUGGACACGGUCAUCGCCAAACGGCCGCAGCUCAUCGUGCUCUUCAUACAGGACAAGUUGAGCCUGGAUGACUUCAGCCAAUACGGAGAUGUGUACGACGGCAACAGCAAUGGUGGACUGUUCUCCAACCUGAAGUCAUCCAUGGACCGCGCCUCCUCUUCCCUGGUCCUGUCCUCGGAGCUGCCUGCCUCACCUGGUCUCCAUGGCAACCAGGUGGCCACGUACCUGCAGGGUCGCGUGGACGGGUCGGUCAUCCCGGUGGAGCUGAGUCUGACGGAGAUCCGCACGGACGGGAAGAAACUCCAGCUGGACAAGAACUGCCUCAUCCUGGUGCGCCUGCCACAGGCAGAAGGGUCCAUUGAAGAAUCCCUGAAAAGAAACAAUGACAUCAUCGGCUCUGUGAUUAAGAGCCUGCCAAAAGAACUGGACUUCACCAUCAUUCUCACAGCAAACAGGCCCUCCAAGGUGUCCGUGGUGUUGCCUUCCCAUGAUUCCCUGUCCUCAGGACGCCAUCUUCUUGCCGACCUUGACGCCGUCGACAACACGACCUACACGUUCAUCAAUGCCACGAAGAACGACUCGUGCGCCGUGUACCUGUACGCCACGGAUGUGAGCUUCAAGGUUUCCAAGCAAAGCGACUCGGGCCAGUUUGAAGACACGGUGAACCUGACAGCCGUGGUCCCUGCCUCCACAACUGUCACAUGCGGCAGUGGCACCGUAGAGUUGGCUUUGAAGUACAGCAAUGUUGGCAACCUCAAAAACCUGGACAUGGUUAUCCCUUUUGACGUCACCAAGCGGCAGUGGUCGCUGGGCAACAUCACCCUGCAGUACGACUACCAGAGCGACCAGGAGACCGUAAAGGGGUCCGACAAGCUCGUGCCAAAGUUCACGGCGACCCCCCGCAAAAUGUCGUUCCACUGCGACAAGCCCAAACAGUUCAGGGAGUUGAGCACGGACAAGGACAAUAACACCCAAGGGGUCAUCAGUUUUAAAGGGUUACAGAUCCAGCCCGUUGACAUACAAAACGGGUCGUUCUCCAACGCGAACGAGUGUGUUGGGUUCUUCACGGCGCCGAUCUGGAUGGGCCUGCUGACCUCCAUCAUCCUCACAGUCAUCCUCGCCUUCGGCAUGAUGAUGAUCAUGUCCCUCAAAACCAUGGAUCGCUUCGACGACCCCAAGGGGAAAAUGAUUUCCAUCAACGCUGGGGAAUAGCAGACAUAGUGUCUCGAGUAGCGGAAAUAGUUUCUGGAAUAGCAGACGUAGUGUUGGCUACAUCUUGUUUGGUUUAGGAUUCUCUUCCAGUAGAGUUAUUGUAGCUAAUAAGCAAACAUCAGCAGAUAACUGUCAACAUGGCGGAUUAGAAGAUGUAGUUUUUAGGUGUGAUGGCUACAUCAUGCUUGUCAAUUGGUUUGGGAUUAUCUCACAGUAGAAGUAUUGCAAUAAAUGAUGAACAUCACAGAGAACAGUAUUGUAAAGGUGGCAGAUUAUAUAUAUAUAUAUAUAGCAGAUGUAGUGGUCACAUGUGUGAGCUGCAUCAUGUUAAUCACUUAGAUUGGGAUUCUCUUCCAGUAGAAUUACCAUGAUGGUAAAUGAUAAACAAACAAACAAACAUCAACAGAUAACUACAAAUGUGGCAGAAUAGAAAAAGUGGUUAAGUGUGAGCUUGGAGAAGUUAUGGUGGCAGACACCAACCUCCCCACCCCUGCUGUUUUCAAUGAAAAAUAUUAACUUUUAAGUCCACUCCAUUUUUUUAUGUUGUAGUUAAAAGAAUGCAAACCAAAUAGUUAGCUUGGUGCAGCCUUAAAUGAUUUAUCUGUAUAUGUUAGCACAGGUGAUGUGUAGAAAAUAUGCAAUAUGGAACUAGACAGAUUAUAGAAAAAUCUUCAUGUAAGAAAUAGAUACAAACUAUUAGUAAAGAAGAAACGGAAUAUAUCUUACAUUGUUAUUGGGAAAGAGUGAUGUAUCUAUAUAGUAAUUGUUGUCAGUGUAAUAUUGUAAACAAUGUUGUGUCAAGGUGUCAGUACAAAUAUGUGGUGUAAAUUAUUAUUAUUAUAUGGCAGUGAUGAAUUGAUGAAUGAUACCUCCUACAUGUAUGUUUAUGCUGCUGGACUUAUCCUGAAUUGCAGGAGGUUUAAGUUUUGACAAAUAACCAUCUCAUGCUGCUUCUUUUCUUAAAAACCCUGCUAGAUCAAGAAACAGGCAUUUCUCUAUGUUUAAAUAGGCAAAAGCCUGUAGGUUUCAUGCCACUCUUCUGGCCCUUUAACUUCAUUCCUCCUAAAAUGUGGUGUGAUCUGUUUCUUUUUUUUUCUGAAUUAGAAUGUGUUUCUUAUUUUGUACUUGAACAUGGUGGUACUGAUGUAUUUUGGAUUGAGUUGAAGAUGCAACAUUCCUUUUGGGACAGUUGUGGUGAAAUAUACAGCUAUCAUUUGGA